AUUCUUGCACACACAAUCACCCAUUCACAGUCCGCAAUGGUCUCUUACGACGACGAAGACCCGAACGCGGGCUCCAACGACGAAGAUGAGGACGAGGACGAAGAUGAAGAGAUGCAAGACGCAAAUGGGCAAGAUCAGGACAACGACGACGAAGAUGAGGAGGGAGAUGAUGGGGAUGACGAUGACAACGACAAUGAUAAUGACAACGACGACGAAGACGACGAAGACGAAGACCAACAAAACGACGCCGACGCUUCACCCUCACGCCGACCGAACGACCAAAAUACUACAGCUCGAAGAUCCACAAGUCGAGAUCGACAGACCAACCCAGCGGUCGUCUUGACCUCACCCUCACGAGCCAACACCCGCUCUCCAGGAGGCUCAAAUGGAAAGAUAACCUCUUACUACCCACCCGUCCGACCCGAAGCCCUGACCGCUCAGGAGUACGACAUCGUGCCCACAAUGGCCGCACCGCAAGGCACCUCGAUCAACGCGAUCGCCGCAACACCCGAUAUGCGAUGGGUCUUCUCUGGCGGCUCGGACGGAUAUGUGAGGAUGUACAACUGGGUGGAGACGGCGAAUGGCAAGGUGCCUCUCACAGUCGCACAAAAGCAUCCAUUUGUGGACAGCGUGAUGAAGGCAGGAUCACUGUUGACGUACUGGGAGAACGAAGAGCCGACGCCGAGGACACCUCCCUCGCAUGGAGACGAUGCGAAGUGGAUCAGUCCGGUGUACUCGCUGGCUGUGCAGCAUCAGGCGGUGUGGUUAUUAUCAGGGCUGGAGUCUGGAGCGAUCAAUCUGCAGACAUGUCGACAUCAAGCUGGCACGAGGAUAUCUACAUUGCGAGGGCACACAAGUGCGGUUUCGGUCUUGUCUUUGGCGCAGGAUGAGACGAGUGUGUUGAGUGGGAGCUGGGAUAAGACGAUAUUGGACUGGGAUUUGCAGACAGGUCAGCAGAAGAGGUCGUUCAAGAGUGCAGGAUCACAAAUCGGAGCGAUCGAGGUCCGGCCGUUGAGCUCAGUGCCUGUGCCGGAGGUAUCUGAGGCCAAGGUCGAGAGUGUGAAUGGAACAUUCGCAAGUAACAACGCGGACAAGCCGGCGCCGGGUGGGCUAAGUCGGCAGGCGUCGCGGAUGGAGGGCGAGGAGGAUGCGAUGGGUUCGCCAGAGGGGAGUCUGUUUGGAGAGGGCGACCAUGGCUCAUUAUUUGGAGAGGACACAGGCGGAGGCGGUGGUGGGAAUGCGUUUGGAGAUGAUGACGACGAUCUGACCAAGGCCUUGGAGAGUGAGAUGCAAGGUGUUGAUGAGAGUGCUGCGAAUGCCAACGACACCACCUCGCCUAAGCCCGACGACGACUCCGAAUCAAAAGACGAGGCCGCUGGAUCUCCUAAACCAACCUCCAACCCCACAUCCGACGAACCUCUCACCGCUCCUCCCACCAAUGACCCUGCCACAGCGACUACAUCCUCAACCAGCGAUCUCCCUCCCAAAUCAGAAUCCACCUUCCUCGAUGCCGCCUUCGAUGGCACCCUACGAAUCUGGGACCGACGGAUGCCAUCACCCAUCGCCACAAUUCUCCCUCAUGCAUCAACCCCUCCAUGGUGUACAGGCGCUUGCUGGUCGCCGGAUGGGAACUCGUUCUAUGUUGGCAGGAGGAAUUGUACUGUAGAUGAGUACAGUAUACACGAGCUGGGAAGUCGAGGAGGGGAGCCGCGCAGGACGUUUCGAUUUCAGCAGGGGAGUGGCAGUGUUUAUGCGGUGAGGGGAAUGCCGAAUGGGAGACAUUUAGUUUGCGCCUCCCAAGACAUCCUCCGCAUCUACGACCUCCAUUCCCCCGCCGCCGGCCAACCCAAUUUCCAACCCUCCUCAACCCAGCCUCCACGACAACACAACAAAGUCCCCUUCACGAUCGUGCCGGGCCAUCGAGGUGGCGUCAUCUCGGCGGUGCAUAUCGAUCCGACGUGUAGAUUUAUGUUGAGCGCCGCAGGGACGAGGGGUUGGGAUGGAGGUGCGGGAACGGAAGUGUUGUUGGGGUAUGAGAUUGGGUGUCAGGGUCCGGAUGGGACGUGGGUGAGGUGA